AUGUUGGUCCUCAGCCCGCUUUUCCCAGGAUCUUACCUGCUGCUUUUCUUCUGCUUUGCUUUGCCUCAGACUGCGUACGCUGACAAUGUCUUCUCAUUUUCAGCAGAUCUGCCUUGUUUGGAACACAAGAAGCAGCACUGCAGAGCACGCUGCCUCCUUGGCCCUCCUCCACCGCCCCUGCUCCCACCACCGUCCUUCAGGCACAGCUGGAGCACUAAGCUGGAUAUGGAAGAGCUGUGCCAUGAGCUCCAGAUAAUACAGGCUUCCACUCUGCCUGAAUUGCACUGCUCUGCAGGGCCUCCUGGCCCCCAGGGUCCACAAGGAAUUCCUGGUAUAAUGGGACCAAAAGGGGAGAAAGGGGAGAUUGGCAGGCCUGGAAGAAAGGGCAGACCAGGUCCCCCGGGCGUCCCUGGGAUGCCAGGACCAGUAGGAUGGCCUGGACCUGUGGGACAGAAGGGUGAAAAGGGAGAGUUGGGUGUGAUGGGAUUGCCAGGUACAAGAGGACCAAUGGGCUCCAAGGGUUUUCCUGGAACUAGAGGAGAAAAGGGAUCCAGAGGUGACAGAGGCGACAAAGGAGUCAAAGGAGACCCGGGAGAAAUAGGCUUCCCUGGAAUGCUGGGACAAAAAGGAGAGAUGGGCCCCAAGGGACAGUCUGGAGUACCAGGACACAGAGGACCUAUAGGAAGACCUGGAAAACGAGGCAAACAAGGACUCAAGGGGGACAUUGGACCCGCGGGUGUCAUGGGCCCGCCUGGCAGGCCUGGUCCUGUUGGCCAGCCAGGCCCCCCUGGGCCCUCAGGACUAGGGCAAUUUGCAAUAGGACCAAAGGGAGAAAGAGGACUUCCAGGGCCUCCAGGGAGAUGUCUCUGCAGAACCCCACAGCAAAUGAGUAACCCAUCAUAUGAGCAAUCUGUGUUUGGACACAGCUACCCCAAGGUUCCCGCGAUUUUUGUGGUGAACAAUCAAGAAGAAUUGGACCGGUUAAACACUGAGAACGCGUUAGCAUUUAGAAGAGAUCAGAGAUCUUUGUAUUUCAAAGAUACCUUUGGAUGGCUCCCAGUCCAGCUCUCCCCUCUGUACCCCAUGGAUUACCGCCUGGAGGAGGGGGGCACCUGUGGAGAUGGAAUCGUGCAGGAUGGGGAGGAGUGCGACGACGGCAACGCGGUGGUGACCGAUGACUGCAUAAGGUGCCGCCGUGCUUACUGCGGAGAUGGCUACAAGCAUGAGGGGGUUGAAGACUGUGAUGGGAUGGAUUUUGGAUACUUGACAUGUAGAACAUACCUUCCUGGGUCUUACGGGAAACUGCGCUGCACUCCUUACUGCUACAUUGACUCCACACAGUGUCGAUACUUCACAUGA